AUGGAGCUUGAUGAUGCUCUGUACAACGACUUAAACCGGGACACACACUGGUUACUGAACUUCCCCAGCAAUGCCUGCAAAGAGCCUUUGUCUGGUGGAGCCAUCUCGUUAAGACAGAAAGUCUCUGAACAGCAGCCAGGUCCUGCGCAGCUGCUUUCUCCGACGCGACCGUGCCGCUGGCUGCCGUGCCGGGCUGAGGGGUGCUCCCCUUGCCGCCCGCCGGGCUGCCUUCGCAGCGGGCUCCCCUCAACGCCGACUCGCCGCCGAGGCCGGCCCGCCGCAGACUACAUUUCCCAGAGGCCCGCGGGUAGGGCGGAGGGUGCUGCGGCGGGUCGGCUACUCUGGCCGGCGCGGCCUGCUGGGAGCAUGGCCGCCAGGGAAGCGAGCGGGGUCGUGCUCGGCAAGUCCGCCGAUAAACUCUUCUCUCUGAGCGGGCUGUUCGCCGUGUACAAGCCCAAGGGGCCCACCUCGGCCGGCGUGCUCAACCUCCUGAAGGAGAGGCUCCUGGCAGAAGCUGGUGUGCAAACAAAUGGGAACAAAAAAAGUCAGGUUUUGAAAAUUGGACAUGGUGGAACGUUGGACAGUGCAGCAGCAGGAGUUCUGGUGGUUGGUAUUGGAAAAGGAACAAAAAUGCUGAGUACUAUGUUGAGAGGUUCCAAGAAGUACACUGCCAUUGGACUGCUGGGCAAAGCUACUGAUACAUUAGAUGCUACAGGAAAAGUAACUGAAGAAAAACCUUAUGACCAGAUAACAAAAGGAGAUCUUGAAAACGUGCUGCAGAAGUUCAUAGGAGACAUAAUGCAGGUUCCUCCACUCUAUUCAGCUUUGAAGAAGGAUGGAGAAAGGCUAUCAACUCUGAUGAAGAGAGGAGAAGCAGUUGAAGCCAAGCCUGCUCGGCCAGUGAAAGUCUACAGUCUCUCUCUCCAGCAGUUUCAGCCACCAUUGUUCACACUGGACGUUGAAUGUGGUGGUGGCUUUUAUGUCAGGAGCCUGGUCAGUGACAUUGGCAAAGAACUCUCUACCUGUGCCACUAUGCAAGAGCUGACCCGAACCAAACAAGGUCCGUUCACGCUAGAGGAGCACGCCCUUCAUGAAGACAAAUGGACAAUUGAUGAAAUUGCACGAUCCUUAGAGCAUUGCACAUCUCUCCUCUCAGGAGAGCCAUCUCAUAAAAAAUUGAAGACAGAGCAUCCUGGUGAAACUGCUGGGAGCUGUGAAGAUAAGUGAUAAGUUGGGUCAAGGAAAAAGACUGAAUGAUUGAGACAUUUUAAGAUUGGAUUGGGAUUGUCUUGCCUCCUGUGUAAAUUUACAAGUCUGUACUGGGAGGGUGACAAACUGCAGUGCAAGAAAAAUGGUUCUUUUGUUUUCUGGGGUUAGAUCAUGCAUUGAAAAUAUCCAGAACUUACUGUUUCCUGAUC